AUGAGCCGCGAGCACAAGGCACCUGCUGGGCCUCGACCAGCCAACUUUUCUCCAACGCGACUGGGCAAAACCACAAACGCUCAGCCUCGACCACCUCUACCCUCGACGAAUCCCGGCUUCGCCUCUGACGAUCCAAUGCUCAGCGCAACUCCUUCCAGCAACCAUUCUCUUUUUUCUUCUUUCAGUAGGGAUGGGGAACAGAAUCAAUUAAACGAUUCCACUGCGUCUUUCGACUUUUUGCCGUCGGUCAGUUUUGACGAUCUGCAGAGCAGUAUCGAGACCGCUUCAACAGACUUCAAACUCACCCAAUUCCCGUCCUCCACCGGUGAAGGGGACAGUCUCGAUGCCCACGGAGCAGAUGACAGCAGCAGCAUGUCUUCCCGUUCUCAAAUAGCACCGUCUUCGAAUGGUGCUACAACUCGCCCUGUCGCCCAAUCCGCCACUCGACCCGCCCGAUCAAGUUCGAUCCUGCGCCGACCCAGUAACUCUGUCAGGCAACCUACCAACACCGGUGUGUUUGUCCAGACUGAAGUUGCAACCGGGCCAGGCACUGCACGCUCUCGUCGGCAGAGCCAGUACCCUCCAGUGUCUGGCACUACCGCGGCCAAGCCUCCUCGAAAAUCAAUCGGCCCUGGAAUCAUUGGCGAUGCAGAUUAUGGAUCUCGUCCUACCCAAAAGAGGCGACCCAGUCUGUAUUCUGAAGGAGCACCUAGCUCAGCCAGGGUUUCGAUGGAUGCUAACACGGCAUGGUUGGAAAAUACAACAAGAAACUUUUCCACUUCGAGGGCCACCAAGGCUAAAUCAGUGCAGCCGCCACCACGUUCGAAUCAAAACUUGGGAUUCGGUAAUACUCUUACCCCGGAGCAAAACAGACACUCAACCCUUGCCCCACGAUCGCCUCGUGUAGGAGGCCGACUGAGCACACCGUCGUCCACCAACAAAAGAGUCUCCAUGAUGCCUGGUGCACACCACUCGUCGCAUGCGACAGGCCUCGGGGCAAGGACAAUUAGUCCCACUGAUACAAGACGAAUGAAGCGUAUGUCCACGAUGCCACAAUCCGUAAGCCUUGGCCAGGUGUCCACACCUCCUCCGCCACCACCAGUGUCGAUGAACAACCAGGUAGAGAGGGCCGAAUCAAAAUCACCUUCGAUGAUACCGAGGAGGACUUCUGGUACCCCGUCAUCCUCACGAACUACCCCGGAUAUGCAUCGCAAGUCAUACAACUCUGUCUUGUCAGCCACUUCUUGCUUGAGCAUAAAUUCUGCGAGAACAUCGACUGGCUCCCUGAAUCGUAUAUCUACCUCGUCAUCUACGUCACGUCUGCCUGCACCGAAACACACUACAGUACACAACCCUAUACCAGCCGAUGACGAUGAAUAUGUACCUCCUGUCCCUGCUAUACCAAAGGCAUACGAGUCUCCGAAAGACUCGCCUGCGGAUACCUACUUUGUAGAAAAGAAGAAGACUGCACUCAGUAACAUGGAUGCCAUGGGUGCGAAUUCGAACCCGACUGGCGUUAUAUCGAUGCCUGUCUUCCCCGAGCCUACAAAGCUACAUAGAAAACCAAGUGGUCAACGGAGUUAUGUGCCGACGGUGGCUGCUGAACCAGACAACAAGGCCACUCCACCUAACAAGCGACACCUACAGCCAUUACGACUACCACCAAUUAAUCUGGGACCUUUGAGCACGCCAACAACUAAUAAAAUCGCAGCUUUGCAGGAUCACAACACUGUGGAUAGACAUGAAACCCCCCCACCGCCUCGACAUUUACCAAAGACACCCACUACCCCAAUGACAGCUUCCAAGAGUUCCUUCUUUGCCAAGACUCGCCGUGGGGAUACUCCCGAGCUCCCAUCUCUGAGAAGCAGCAGCUCUGUCCAUCAUGCCCACUUUACUCCUACGCCUCCCGAUGUUAGUUCGACCGAGUCCUCGCUGGCUUUCAAGGAGCUUGACCACAAGCAAAGCAUGUCUCCUUUCUUAUCAUCCUCUCUGCCCAAGGGGGGUGCAGACCACGGUUUCCUGAAGCGAUCAAAAACGGGUGCUGAUUUUACGACAUCGGACGCGAACAUCUUCCAAGACCAAGCUCACCAUAAGCCCGCAGGCCCUCGGGCACCGAAAGACGCCGAAUCCACCAGCUCUAAAUCCCCUCCCCCCGAGCCUACACCCGAAGAACCACAAACUCCAUCCUCUAUGAGCUCCAUUCGACGAAAGCUCAGCCUCUCUUGGAAGCGUGGGAAUUCCAAGAGUAACACGACCCCUGGAGAUGUUCCUGAUAAGGCACAUGCAAAGCAGCCUGAGGAACCUAUGCCACCUCCUAGGAUUCCGAUUUCAGCUACUCUCAACAACCUAUCCAACAUCAAACAAGCCAGUCCAUCACCGAAUUUGAAGCAAGGUCCUGGCGGUUAUCUGGAUACAAGGAGACGUAAGAGUUCAGGUGGUAGUCUCAAUGGACUCAUUACGCACGACAAGAACAAGAGCGAUUCUUGGACUGCGAAGAAGCCUGCUCCUGAUCCUUCAACAAUGCCCGUCGGCCGAAACACUUCUGUCAUGCAAAAGAUUCUUCGCCCCAGGAAUUCCUCCGGUCUGGCUAAAGGUCCCGACUCGUAUUCUGCUGAUCUUGACAAGGAUGAUCAAGCAGCUGAAGAGGAAAUGGCCAAGCUGGGUUCUCGACGAAAGGAAACAGAAGUUGCUGCUAGAACAUUGGAUGCUCUCAAAAAGCGAGCGACACCAAAGGAACGAGUCGGUGCUCACGAAGCCAUCCGUAUCGCCAUGCUCAACAUUUAUGAGCGAGGUGAGAUUGUUGAUUAUACCGACGUCUUCUUUUGUGGGACACAGAAUGCACACAAAGUGAUUGGAGAUCUUCAAUCCGACGCGCCCAAUUUUGGCUACGACGAUGAGCGUGGAGAUUAUACCAUCGUGCCCGGAGACCACCUUGCAUAUCGAUAUGAGAUCAUCGAUGUUCUCGGAAAAGGUAGUUUUGGACAAGUUGUCCGCUGCAUUGAUCACAAAACUGGCGGGCUGGUGGCCAUCAAGAUCAUCAGAAAUAAGAAGAGAUUCCACCAGCAAGCUCUUGUUGAGGUCAACAUCUUGCAGAAGCUUCGCGAAUGGGAUCCAAAGAACAAACACAGCAUGGUGAACUUCACACAGAGUUUUUAUUUCCGUGGCCAUCUCUGUAUAUCCACAGAGCUGUUGGACAUGAACCUUUACGAACUCAUUAAGGCACACGCGUUCAGAGGCUUCUCGAUCAAGAUUAUCCGGCGUUUUACCAAGCAGAUCCUCAGCUCACUCAACCUUCUCAAGCAACAUAAAGUCAUCCAUUGCGAUCUCAAGCCCGAAAAUAUCCUACUGCGACAUCCUCUUCACGCAGAGAUCAAGGUCAUCGACUUUGGUUCCAGCUGUUUUGAAAAUGAGAAGGUGUAUACAUAUAUUCAGUCUCGAUUCUAUCGAUCCCCUGAAGUUAUUCUCGGCAUGACAUAUGGUAUGCCCAUUGAUAUGUGGAGUGUUGGCUGUAUUUUGGCAGAGCUAUACACUGGAGUCCCUAUCUUCCCCGGAGAAAAUGAGCAAGAACAGCUUGCAUGCAUCAUGGAGGUAUUUGGACCUCCUGAGAAACACCUAAUCGAGAAGAGCACCCGAAAGAAGCUUUUCUUCGAUUCAAUGGGCAAACCUCGCCUCACGGUAUCUUCCAAGGGUCGCAGACGCCGUCCGUCCUCCAAGACUUUGUCACAAGUCCUCAAAUGCGAUGAUGAGGUUUUCUUGGACUUUUUGCAACGCUGUCUACGCUGGGACCCAGAACGACGACUCAAACCCGAGGACGCGAUCCGGCACGAGUUUAUUACUGGGCGUAAGAUGCCGCUUCCUCGUAUGCCGCCAACCCGCGAAUCUUCACCAAUGAAGCGACAUAACACCAUCUCUACUCCACGACCUCUCCCUGACCCCCCAGGUAGUGCUGUGAAACCUCUCGGAUCCUUGCGAUCUGGAGCUAGCCCGCACAAACCUGUUUCUGGGCCUGUUCGCAAAGCCUCAGGACAGAUGGGGCCCGUCAGUUCCCUGCCAUCUAAACGAACCAGCGCCGGUACGACUGGGCUUGCGCAAGGAGCGAGCAGCUUGCCUCGGGCUGCUGGCAGGAGCGUGAGCGGAAAGCAAGAUCUGGCCGCUGCUGGUGCAACGGCUGCUAUGAGUCGACGAUCAUAG